AUGGCCAUCUCAUUUUUCGACCCUCUUGACCCCUUGACUCGACCAUUUUCCCCCAUACCUGGCCCCACAAAGGUUCCUUCGUCAAAGCAGAGCAUGUGGGAUCGAUUGGGGCUUUCAUGGCUGGGAAAGGAUAGCCGCCGUUCUGUUUCCCCGAACUCUGUGAAUUGCAAUCAUCAGAAACCUUAUAAUGACAAUAGUGAUAUUAGCAGUCUAAGUGCUAAGAACAACAACAUCAAUCCGCCCAAAUCGGUAUUGAGAAAUGUUCGGGUGAGCCUGCCCCGCCUUCCAACUCUCAAGAGACGGAAUUCGGAACGAUAUGACCGCCUUUAUCGUAAUGAGGCAGGCCGCAGUCGCGCGUUGUCCGUUGACCGCCGUCGACCCUUCAGCGGCCACCGAAAUCCGUCAGCACCUCCAGUUUCUACCGCACGAUUGUCUGUUCCAGAUGUGCGGUACCACGAUAAAGAUCUCACGUUUCCUUCAUGUGUUGAUACUGUCUCCUUCCAUGCACCGGAACAUUAUGAAUCUGGCACCUAUAAAGACGCCACCUUCUCGGUAAAUGGGGAGGAUUUAGAAUCUAUGUUGGAGAAGGAGUUGGACAAUAAAUGGGUAUUGAAUCUGAGCAUGCAUUUUCGAGAUCAAUCUGAUCGAGAGAAGUUUUUUAUCACCUACGCAGAGACCCCAAACAGAUGGCGGAGAGUUACCGUAUCUUGCGAUUACCGAAAUGCCGAACUGGACUCUCUUGAACAGGAUCUCAAAUCUUUGUACUAUCAACGGGAUAAAAGUGCUCGAAUAUACGAAUCAAUCCGCGACUCAAUAUGCGAAAUCCAGUUUUAUGACACGGUGACUAAUCUUAAGUUGGAAACUAUUGAUGGCCGGCUCCACGUUCAUGUCACUGAAGAUAUGAAUGAGAUCGUUCCUUACCCACCAUCAUCUACAGUUGCGCACCUAGGGCUGCAUUUUGUCCGCGAAAGCGAGCUUUUUUUGGAUACCCACUUGUCUGGUUUCGCUUUUCAGGUGAAAUUGAACAACAAAUUCUAUGUGAAGAAGGAAGUCCCAGCUCCGGAAUCCGUGGAUGAGUUUCUUUAUGAAAUCAACGCGCUGCAUGCUCUGUCCGGGUCUCAAUGUGUCAUCGAACUUAAAGCUAUCGUCGUCGAUGAUAAUAUGAUGGUGGUGAAAGGUCUUUUGAUCAACUUCGCUGACCAAGGUGCCUUGGUUGACUUAUUUUAUGAAAACAAAGGAGUUAGAAGUAUUGAAUGGGCCAGAAGAGAGCGAUGGGCACGGCAAACUAUCCAAGGUCUUGCAGAAAUUCAUGAAGCUGGCUUUGUUCAGGGUGAUUUCACAAUUUCAAAUAUCGUCAUUGACGACAAAGAUGAUGCGAAAAUCAUUGACAUCAAUAGAAGGGGUUGUCCGGUGGGCUGGGAGGCGCCAGAGUUCACAAAGAAGCUAGAAAAUAACCAAAAGAUAUCAAUGUAUAUUGGGGUGAAGUCCGAUCUAUAUCAACUGGGAAUGACUCUUUGGGCUCUGGCUACCGAAGAAGACGACCCUGGCAAGCAAUUUCGACCGUUCGUAAUACCAACCAACUUGGAAAUUCCAGACUAUUAUCGACAUGUAGUUGAUAUUUGCCUAAGUACCAGACCUCAGGAUCGACUGUCGGCGAAGGAACUACUCAAUUUGUUCCCUGAACAUCCCCCAACUAUGGUGAGCGAGUCUGUAGCUGUGAAUGUGGAGCCUUCUCCUCCCGACCCAAUGCAGGCGCCACGAGAUUCUGGAUUCCUGGAUGAGAACCUUCCUAGAAGGAUUGACGUUGCUAACGAUGCUGGAUUGAUUAGUGGACCAAGACCUGUACCUAUUUCGGAAGACGUUCCGUUGUACGAUUCUCAUGGAGAAGAAACGACGGUAGAUAACCACCAUGUAACGACGUUGGCCUCGUUGAACGAUGUCGAUCUACAUCUUCCCUUCUUUGAAUCCUCGGAUAUGGGUGCGUGCUUUGAGAAUCCUGACAUUGGUGUUAAUGGGGAGGCAAUCUUAGCCGCUCCUCCGUCGAGUGUCACGCUAUCCUCUAGAGUUCAUGGCACUGUACCAUUAAGAAUGGGAACUUUUGUGGCUCCGGAAGUUCUCACAUGUAUCGGGUGGCACGCUCCUUGCGGUACUGAGGUCAAUUCAGUGCAGUUGGCAGAACCACACUUAUCUGGGGACUUGCCAACCUCACAGCCUUGCGCUGAAGGUGACGAACCUGAAACAUACCUUGAUACUGCUGAGGUUGGUGAAGAAGCGGUGCUGCAAGUUCAAGUUGUGGAUUCUGAGACCAAAACCUCCGAAGAUACAAACCGAGAGGACUUACUGGGCUCCUCUCUACCUAUAAAUCCGGCAUAUAAGGAUCCACCUGUAUCAAAGGACAAGAACAUUGGGUACUCAAAUCGUCCAAGCUUUGAUACUUCAACCCUCACAAAGCCUACCGCCACCGAUUUAUCAACUUGCCUUCCAAGAGACCAGGAUCUUCAAACUGCACAUUUUGAGAACCUUUUCUUGUCAAAUCUGUCAAUUGACCUUACUUUCAAGGAGCUUUCUGAGCCAGUGCAAGAGGAUAAUUUGCUCUUGACAUCAAAUUUGCCAAUUAACCCAGCUUUUAAGGAUCAUUCUGAGCUCAGACAACUCGUUGGCUACCCUCCUCCUCAUGCCAAAGUUAAUCAGAAUUUUGAUUUCUUCAACGCUACAAGCCAACCUCCCGCAGUUCCCGAAGUGCAAUCCAGCAUGCCACAUGUUUUUCUUUUAUCACAGCUGCCAGUCAACCAGGCUUUUGGGACUAUAGCGCGUGAAGUUUCCUAUGCGCCACCUCAGGAUUCCAAUGAUGAACCGGGUUCACGGUCGGUUCCGACAAAGAAAUUCUGUCCUUCUGGUCCUGAAGAUGGUUUAAACCGUACUAGUUGUCAAACUGACUUUUCUGAAGACCUUCUCAAGCCCGAGUUGCCCAUUAAUCCCGCAUUUCAGAAUCUUGUUGGACCGAGACUUCUAAGGGGCUUUUCUAAACAUUCUCCUCUAGAAGGAAAUCCAGAGCAAUUAAGUUAUGAGAUCGAUCGUUCUGUUGACCUCCUCAUGUCGCAAUUGCCGAUUAAUCCGUCAUUUAAGGAUCCUGUUGUGCCAGAACUACCAAAUUAA